CGUAUGAAUCAUCGGUUCCACUAACAUACGAGGUAGAUUUCCCGGCAGCUCAGCUCGACAUCUUGCAGGCGGAAAGGGUGUUCUGGCCUAACUGUCAACAAGAGGAUUGCAGUUUAGCGGAUGCGGUAGAAGGAGAACUCCAUGGUGCUUAGCUUAAAAGUACCGUUGGUCAGCAUCGGCGGACAGUUUCAAUUGCACAAGUAUGUGAGGACACCUAUGUAUUUCGACGGCCAGAUUUGUCAGCUUCAGCAGCAGGAUUUCGUUUUGGCGCGGAGACAGGAGGACGGUGAGAUUCAGGUCAUCUCGGGAGAUCAUCUCUCUUCUUGUCGGGCACAGGACGAUUUCUUAUGCUAUCUUCCGCGGCUGGUGCAUGGAGGACAUAUGUCAUCAAGAUGUAUGCAUCACUUGUUUGCGGCGACAGAGCUGAAGGACAUCCAACAAUAUUGCAGUUUAAGCUGUCGUCCAGCUAAGCAGGAGUUGGAGAUCGUCGAAUUUUCGCCUUCGGAGUAUAUCGUCGCGAAUAUACAGGCCAACACUACAGUCACUUGCGAGGGAGGUUCGUUUCAUCAUCUUCAACCUAUUCCGGGAGCAAUGUAUGUGGUUUUACCCUGUCAUUGCGAGAUUUCGGUCGGCGGGAGAAUAAUGGUGAGAAAGACUUUUCCGUGUGACGCAAAUGUUGAUAAACAACCUCAGGUUCUCCAUUACUUACCUUUGCAUUGGGUUAAGUUUAAUUCGUUAAAAAUUGAUGUUUUGCAACCGCAUUUCAAUCCUAAUUUUGUUAAUUUUAGCGAAAUUUUAAAAACUGAUAUAGAUAUAAGGUUCCGGAAUUUACAGUUCAAGACGUAAUAUCGUCAGAUAUAUUUCAC